CCCAUUGUACUUGAAAUCUUGAUUAAUGAUUUUAAAGAUGCUCAUAGAGCCCUAGCUUCAUCAACAAACCUAUGAUCCUUAUGAAUUUGGCACUAAUUAUUGUUCUCUCUAUGAGUUGAUGUCACUUUCAUUUUCUUUUAACAAAUUGGUUUUGAAUGCAGAAAAUAUCUAUAGUUUUUUGUCGUGGCAUUUAAUGGGCAAACGAUGACCAGGAUCAGUUGGCCACAGUCAUUUGAGGUUGACAGCACUUGUAACUUAUGAACAGUGGCAAGUUAACUCACGGACGGUAUGGAGCUAAAACGUGCUGUCUUACCUUUUUUGAUGGAGCCUUGGCACUUAUUCAGCAUGAUUGGAUUUUAAGAAGGUAAAUUUCUAAUCUAUCAGUGAUCUAGUUCUUCUUGCAUUCGUUACUUGGUAAACCACUCUGGAGGAGGUGGGGGGCUGUCAUUGAAAGUACUCAUAUUCCGAACAAUGCACAUGGACUUAGCGCAUAACGUCCUGACACUAUACAGACAUGAGAGGCCAUAAACUACGACUAUAUUGCACAUGAAUCGAAGCUUGGGGUGGUGGGUUCAUGAACUAAUGUAAAUGAUUAUAUUGCACUUGAGUCGAAAACCACCAGAAACAAACUUCAAUCGUAGACAGAGUGAACUAAGCUUUGAAAACCUCUACCCACUGUCUACCAACAUGCCAUUUUAGUUCUUUCAUACUAGAGUCAGUUUUUAGUUAAAAGUGUGCUGGAUUCAAGUUGAGGUAGGAACUCAAUUUUAUUGACUAUAUUGCACGUUAUAGGACCCAAAAUGAUACUAGCUUUGAAUUAAAUUCAGAAACUAAUAAAAUUUGUUGAUCUGAUGGUACUUAAUCCAAUAAGCAGCCACUAGCCAGCAGCUUCACGUGUUAGUGGGAAACCUUGUUUAUAUUAUGCAGACAAAACCCCUUUUGCUUUCACCAAACAGUUUACCUUAACAGCCACAGACUUUUGAAACCACUUUACCAUCAGCCCCAGACCAAGAUCAAGUGCAGAUUGUGCUUGCUCCCCAUUCCGCAAUAACAUCAAAAAUCAUUUCAUCACGAACCCCACCAAAUAAAUCAUGGCAAUACAUACAUCUUCUGUGAUAAGCAAAUGGAUCGAAUCUAAUGAUAUGUGCUUUUUUUGUCUAUACCUGAGAAAUACUGUAGUGGAUCCAUGAUCUACGCAGUAUAUCUUUGUUCAUUAUAGGAGAGGCUAAUCUUGUGGUCUUUGAAAUUUACUUGUGAUGGUCUAGGCUAUAGAUAAAAAUUGGCAGUAUUAAGCAAAUCAUGUAGAAUUUGUGUAUUGUUCUCUUGUGUUGAGUUGAGAUCCAAAUAAAUAGCUGUUUGUUGAUGGUUUCGUGGGAUCUUAAGAAAUUAUGUCCCACCUUCAAUUUUGUCUGCAUGAAAUACAGUGCCAUUCCUCCACCAUGUUAGUUGCUUUACCAGUGGACCUCUCUCUCCCCACAUCACCUUAUCUUUCUAUUCCUGGCAAAGGUAUCCCAGGUAAUUCUGUUGGCUCGGCUCGGUCAUAUUGAAUUAGCAUAUAACAUAUGAAGCUGGAAUAAUACAUACUAUUUUGGUUUUUUACCUCUUUCUCCCAAGGGUUCGCCCGUCGCCAUAUAUGUUCUCUCACUGCAUAUAAAGUUUACCAUAGCCUGUUAAAUUAAGUGUCCAUCCUUGUAUGUUUGCUGUUCUUUAGCAAAAGGUUGGGUUGGGUCAUAAUUGGACAAGGUUUAAGAUUUACGAGGAAUAGUUUCCAUGUGUUGCUAUAUUUAGGUGAUCUAAUAAAUAUAUAGAAAUAAUAUAGGUUAACAUUUGAUUUGACUAAAUAAUUUUCAAACUUGGAUCACGUAUUGUAUACUCAAUUUAUAUUCCGCACAUGGUUAGCGCCUUUGGUUGUACAGUUUUCUGUGACUCUCACUGUUUUUGUGUAAUGCAGUAAUAAAUAAUCAUGUUUAGUAGUAUCACUUUUAAUACAUAGGACCAUUUUUCUACAGUAUACCAAUAGGUUAAAAUUGUUGAAAGGUGAAAUAGAACUUGGAAUUGAUUUGAAGCUGCGCAAUUAUACAUCUAUCUGCUUUUUCUUUGUUUGGCCAGAAUAAUAAAAGAGAAGGAGUACCUAAGUUUGAUUACUUUCAUAAAAAUUAGAAAGGAGACAAAAUUAGUAGGGCCUUAUGAUUCCGCAUCAGUUUGCUGCUUAUAGAAUAUUUUCAUAUCUUUGGUAAGGCAUUCAAUCCGCUACUAUAAUAUGCAUGCUUAUGCUAGCUCGAUAUGUGGUCGCAAUCAAUCGACUUCUAUGUUAAUAAAAUAGUGAUGCAAAAGCCUAGUUUUGACACACUAUUUGGUUGUCCUGAUAAUAGAGUUUCGAAUGAUAAAAAUUGUAGAUAAUAGUACUAUUUAUGGAAUUUCUAUUGUUACUUAGUUUUAUCAUACAUUUACACUUUAUGUUUUCAUAAAUAUACACUACUAUAAUUCAAUGCCACUUCACUUCAUCAUCAAGUAUUAAUGUAUGACCCAUGCGUUCUUGUGUUAUCAUAAUUCACUUUAUUUACAUACACUUAAAUUUUGCCCCUUUUUAGUUUAUUUGUAUACACUAUAAAUACUUGGAUUCAAUAAUAGAGCAGAAAAUAAGAAAUUUAAAGUGGUGGGCCCAAUCAAUUGCAUUAGACUAGUUGUAGAUUCCUUAUUAAUUUUUGAAAGGAAGGUAUCUCUCAUGUUUAACUUUUUUUCCAACGUGGUUUUAUUAAUCAAUAAAACUAUCCAAUUAUAUUAUACUAACAUAAACUUAUUUUAAUAAAUAUUGUAAUAGUUUUAAUUAUUAAAUAUUAUUCAACUGUUUCCAUCUAUAUUUUAUCAAUAGUUUAAAACCUAAAUUUAUAAGUACAACAUACAAAUCUAAAAGAUAAUAAUCUUGUUUGAAUAGUUAUAAUGUGAGUUUGAGUUACAUCACUCUUUAUAAAUUGCCAUCAAAUAUAGUAGUACUAGUUGACAACAUAAAUAGACAGAAUUAACAUAUGUAUACACAUAUUUGACAAUAGAAAUAUGACAGAAUUAACAUCUCUAUACAAAUAUUUGACAAUAGGACUAUAACAGAAUUAACAUAUGCGUACACAUUCAAGUAUAUCUUGGUUCACCGUUAUAACUUGUCAUAAGUUUGAUAUAUUUAUGCUAAGUAGUCUCAUAAAUUGCGUGCAAAAUCAAUUUGCAAUUUGCUUAUGGUGUAAAUAUAACGUGUGUGUAUACAUAUGUGGGUAUUGACUAAAAUAGAAUUCAUUUCAAAAUACUACUUAGGGUCAUUUAUAGCAAUAGAUAGUGAAUACAGUGGAUUUAUUUGUUGAAUGGAUUUGCAGUCUAAGGGUUGAGUCUUAUAAGGAGCGAAUUUUGGAUUGUAUUUUCACAAAAUAUUCAUACAUAUUUCACUUGGAAAUUAUGAUUUGUAAUUGUAGUCUAAUCCUUCUAUACAUUUAGGGACUGUUCGGUUUGCAAGAUUGUAUCUCAUAAUUAAAUAUGUAGUGUGUUUGGUUCAUGAGAAUGAGAUUAAAUCCCGCAACUAAAUCUUAUAUGGAUAAUCAUGUGAUAAUUAUUCAUUACCAACCUCCUCUAAUCAAAAUAAACUCACAAUUUAAUUCUAGAUUAUAUCUUGCUAUUUUAUCUAGCAAACCGAAUAUCACCUUACUUUAUUCUAAAUUUUAACAGAUCUUUUCAUUUCUCUAAUUCGAAUAGCUUCGGCAAACAUCGCUCUCCUAUACAUUUUUCUUACAUAUAAGAGGCAUCUAUACCUUGAAAGUACUAUGCCUUAAUGCCUCCCCAUUUGGAUGACUUGAGGAAUCAUAUGGUAAUCAAAAUUGAAGAAUAAUGAUUAUACUAUAUAUAAAUCAAAUGAGGGGCAUCAAUUUCCAUUUUAUGUGGUAACAGCUGGGCUGCUUUAUCAGUUGAUUUGAUACAUUUGUUCAUUACUUCUGGAGGUGUUUAUGAAUUAUAGUCAUGGUGUCAAGUCAAGUUUGUGAAUUACUUUAUGUUAUAAUUCAGUUUAACAUAAAUAAAAUGAAAUGGCUUAGUUUUAACAUAUUAAAACACGGAUUCAAAUUUAAUUUUUAUUUCAAAAAUCGUUGGUUAAUAUGCGUUUUAUACGAAUAAUUAUUGAUAGAUCUAUAUGGGCCGGGUAACCCCACCAACUUGUAUAUGGUCUUACAACCUUUUUAUAUAUCUGGUUUGACAAUCAAUCAAAUCUAGCACGAAGAUAUGUUUUAAUUUUUAAGGGUAGCACUUAGAUACGUUUGGCGAUUAUCAAUCACUUUUACUAUUUUUCGCACUUAAACGUCUAUUUGAUUGUGAAGCUGAGCUGAAAAGUUGGUGUUGACUUGAAAUAACCCAAGUAUAACUAUAAGACAUAGAUUAGAUAUACUUAUGGUUAUAGGUCAUUUUAGGUAUUAUAAAAGAUAAAUUUAUAUAAUUGAACUCUUCAUUUAUUUUGCAUUUAAUAUCAGUUGUUCAACAUUACUUUAAAAUGCAGUAUAUAAUUCCAUAUCAUAUAGGAAAUUGUAAUCUCGAGAUUUGUUUCCCCAAAAGGAUAGGUAAUUGAGUUUUUCCUACUCUAACUGUAAUUCAUAGUUAAUACGAAUGGAAAUAAUUAAAAUACUUACUAUCUUAUUAAUAAACAUAUUUCAAAAUUAAUAUGAGCAAAUUAGGAUUGAAAUAAUAAAAUCAAUUGAAAUGAAAUCGUUCCGAUUCCAUUCAAAAUUUUAAAUAUUAGUAGUAGAUAUAUAAUUAAAAUUUAUACUAGUAUAAAUUUAUCACUUCUUCAGUUAUAAUGUGUAUGGCUGUAAGUAGACAUGAUCACGUGGGUAAGGGUGGGUUUAUUCAAAUGAUCAAUUAAGCGCACUGCUGGUGUUGAGAUAAUAAUAGUAGUUAAAAGUGAACUGAAUUGAGAUGUGGAUAUAAGUUUUUGUUUGUCAUGCAUGGGACACUAGAUAUUCAUUUACAGUUGUCUCAAUAUAGUUGGAGCAGAAAAUUAUAUAGAAAAGGAUGUUUUAUAGUAUACUAAUAUUUCUUACUAAGUAGCUUAGAGCAUCCACAAUGGGGCGCCCUAUGCUCCGCUACAUUAUCAUUCUAUCCUCCUGCCCUUCCACAUGCAAUGGGACGCCCUAAAGUCUAUCCUAUAAUUUAAACUACUAUUUUGUAUUUGUUUUUUUAUUUUUUAUGUUUGCAAAUAUAUCAAUUAGCAAGAAUAAAUAUAAAAACACCACAAAUAAAGGCAAAUCCUAUUGUCAGUAUUUAUUUUUUAUUUUUUAUAUUUUAUGCUUGCAAAUAUGGAAAAUCGUCAGAAUUCAUUAUUGAAUUUAGAGAGAAAUUGAGAUGGGGAAGAGAGUGGAGUGAAAGGUAUGAAAUGAAGUAAAAAACUUGGUGAUAUAUAUAGAAGAAAAUAAAAAAAAAUAAAAAAGUGAAAAUGUGUGCAUCGUCCGGACUAUCCUCCUUACCCUGAAUGGGACGGAGGAUAGGCCGGAGGAUGUAAAAAAUGGUUCAUCGUCCGCGGAUUAUGCAUAGGGCGCGUUGGAAGGAAAUGACAUAGGGCGUGGAGCUGCAGUGGACGCCCUAAGGCGCACCCGAUGCAUCGGGCGGGCUUUAGGGCGCCCACUGCGGAUGCUCUUAGUAUACUAUUAUUAUGAGAAUGUGAUUAUACAGUACACCCAAGUCUUAGGUAGCAUUACCUAUAUCAUCUUCAAUUGAUCUUGAUUUAAUAAUUGAGAUUUUUUGCGUUAUUUUAACUUUGAAAUUGUUGUUUUAAUGUUAAGAACGAUAAGAUAUACGGCUUGAUGCAAAACAAAAAAUAUGCUAUGGUUGAACAUAAAUAUGUAUAUAUUGUUGGCACAAACAUAGAUUAUAUCGAGCACAACUUUGCAAAAAAUAAAUUCAACAUAUUUUCAUGGCUAGUCUGGCUGGAUGUGAAUGAGUAUGAGAGUUAGAUAUCUAUAAAUAGGGGUAGGAUUGAAGCUGAAACAAAGAGAUAUAGUAUUAAAAAGUUAGAUGCAUAAUUUGUUCGAAAAUCAAUUUUGACUAUCCAUCAAUCAAGAUCCACAUAUUGAUUAGUCCUUAUUAAUAUAAUCAGGAUAUUUGAAGUAAAUUUCAAAGUGACACUAUAGGCUUAGAAAUAAGCUACCAAUUCAAAUUCUCGACGGCAUAUAGAAAUAUUUGGUAUUUUGAUGCGGAGAUUAUAGUAUGGGAAUUAUUUCGGGAAGAGCGAGUCAUUAGAUUUUUGUCCGAUCAAGCACAAUUCCCCCACCCCCACCCAUUUUUAAGAGGAUCAACAAUGGGUACCUCAUCUACCCCGUGAGAUCACACACAAUCGACCUAGGGCGUUGUGCUCAGUGCGCAACGCCCUGCACUCAUGUGGUGUGCUUAUUGACACACUUGCUCAUUGUCAUGCCUGAUAAACAUGGCAUGGUGCAACUCACCCAACUCGUUCCACAUGUCUUCGGCCCGAUGCCCACGCACAUCGUCCCCUCUUCUUCUUGUCCACCUUCAUAGAAUCAUAUCUGACUGAGUCACUCAGGACUAGGACAUGUUGACAUAUCACACACAUCUGGAGUUAUUUGAUUUCUCAAUUUAUUAGUUAGAAGAGAAAUAUUAUAGUAAAAUUUAAGCUGUAAUUAGUGUUGGACAUAAGGUCUCAAAUUAAUUUGCAUGGUGUGCGUUCUUGCAAAAUAGUAGUACUACUAUAAGUUACUAGUUCCAAACAUACUGAAAAUAGAAACAAACACCAUGAAUAGAUUUAUUAGCCUUGUUUUAUCAUUCUGCUAAUACUGCUGGGUCCAAGCACGUGUUCCUCCAUUGUUAUUACCACACAUUCAAAUAAUACUUUUUGUUGUUUCUUCUACGGACAAUAUUAGAAGGUCAGGCGACUGUUACUAUCAAGAUUCCUUCCUUUUUUUUUAUUAAUUAUUGUUUUUUUGUUUUAUUAUUAUUUUAACUAUAUCAAAAUACCACAAUUCAUGCAUAAAAAGGAAGUACAUUUAAAUUAUUUCGAAUUCAUACAAAAUCUUUUCCGUUCAAUCCGUGCAUGCUCCCAAACCUCUCUCUCCUAACACUUUCUCCAAACACUCUACUCCCUCCAUUCUUCGAUAGGAGAGUCAUAUUCUUUUUGGGAUGUUCUCCUAGCUGAGUCAUUUCUUUUGAAGCAAAUACCACAAUUUGCUUAAAUCUUGGUCUAAAAAAAUGCUUCUUAUACAGAGAAAUGAAGAGAGUAGUAAAACUAUAGUAGAGCAACUAGACACACGCACACAAAUAGAAGACCAACGCUCCAUCCUCCCUAUAUAUACUUGUAUAAACCUACACUUGUUCCCAUGUAAAGUUGCAUACCUUUUUCCUUCCAUUCAAUCCUCCUCUUCUCAUUCUACACCAAGAAUAAAAAAACUAAAACACAUAGGAAUAUGACUAUCCCUUGCAUGAUCAAGAACCAAACCUCCAUCUCCCACAACAAAAACAAUUUAACCUUGGACGAUCUAGUCUCUCCACAUCAAUCCCACAUACCACCGCAGUUCAUAUGGCCGGACCACGAGAAGCCAUCACCCGACCCACCGCAGCUCCACGCACCGGUGGUCGACAUAGGCGGCUUCCUGGCCGGUGACUCUGCCGCUUCCACAGAAGCGGCAGAGCUCAUUGGCCAGGCAUGCGCGAAGCACGGCUUCUUCCUAGUGGUGAACCAUGGCGUGGACGCGGGGCUCAUCGCGGACGCCCACGGUGUCAUGGGCGAGUUCUUCGAGCGGCCGUUUGAAGAGAAGAUUAGGGCUGAGAGGAAGAGGGGUGAGCACUGUGGCUAUGCGAGUAGCUUCAUUGGGAGAUUCUCUUCGAAGCUGCCAUGGAAGGAGACUCUCUCGUUUGAGUAUUCUUCUUCUCGAAAGGGCUCUUCCAGUAGUGUUGAACACUACUUUCGCACCACUGUGGGUCAAGAUUUUGCACACUUGGGGAGUAUUUACCAAGAGUAUUGCCGCGCGAUGAGCGUACUCUCGAUGGGGAUCAUGGAACUCCUAGCCGUAAGCCUAGGUGUGCCACGUGCCCACUUCAAGGAGUUCUUCAAUGACAACGAAUCAAUAAUGAGACUGAACUAUUACCCGCCGUGUCAGAAGCCAGACCUAACCCUAGGAACGGGGCCGCACUGCGACCCGACUUCACUGACCAUCCUUCACCAAGACAAUGUCGAUGGGCUCCAAGUGUUCGUUGACGAUGAAUGGCGAGCCAUCUCUCCCAACCCCAAUGCCUUUGUGGUCAACAUUGGUGACACAUUCAUGGCACUAUCAAAUGGGAGAUACAAGAGCUGUUUGCACAGGGCAGUGGUGAACAGCAUGUGUCCUAGGAAAUCUCUUGCAUUCUUUCUAUGUCCGAAAACGGAUAAGAUUGUGAAGCCUCCAUCUGAAUUAGUGGACUCUGAUUAUCCAAGAAUAUAUCCAGAUUUCACAUGGCCAACCCUACUUGAAUUCACUCAAAAACAUUAUAGGGCUGACAUGAAUACCCUCCAAUCUUUCUCCAACUGGCUUCAGAAUCAACAUCAAACAACUCAAAAAUAGUUAGUUGCAGUUGUUCAAUUUGUUGCAAAAUUGUGUACUUUCUUGAAAAUAUAUUGGCGUUUCGAAAUAUGGUAGGUGCUAGAAAUCAAGCACACCGUGCAAUGAAUUAUCUCUGCAUUAUCUUUCAUGUAGAGGAAAUUUUGUAAGCUACAAGUAUAAUAAUUUGUAACAUUUUGUUCAUGACUUGGCAAGGACCAAAAUAUAUGGACUCGAAGUUAUGUGUU